AAUUUAUUUAUGAAAUGUUAAAAAGUUAAAUAAACAAGAAACAACACAUAUAUUAAGGAAAAAACAAUAGAAAUUAUGAAAGAAAUAACGUCCAUUAUUACGUUACUUCUUAUACAGCAUGUUUUAAGUUACGUUAGAGAAGGUGAAAGGUGUGUAGACAAGACAAGUAGAGUUUCAGGUCAAUGUUUACAGCCACAACAUUGUCAAUCCGCGAACAAAGAUUUUUUCGAACGUGGAAUACGACCGACAUUUUGCGAAUAUUCAAACAAAAGAAUUUUAAUAUGCUGUACAGAGAAACAACAAGUAAGACCCAGCGUUCGACCAGUGUGGCAAAAUAACAACGCGAACAGCAACAAAUUUCGAGCAUUAGAAAGAGUUAGUGAAAGGAAAUGCAAAGAAUACAAUAAGGGUGUUGUGCCAAUUUAUUUCGGAAAAUACAUCUUUGGUGGAACUAACGCAAAUCCUGAAGAUUUCCCACAUAUGGGUGCAGUUGGUUGGCUGGACUACCUAGGUGACUACAACUUUGGAUGUGGCGGAAGCCUUAUAAGUCCGAGGUUUGUGUUAACCGCGGGUCAUUGUAUCAGUAAAGCUAGAAGCAUCAAUCCUCUGCCGGUUAUUGUCCGACUGGGUAAUGUCGACUUGGAUCCAAAGUAUAAGGAUGGAUACCCCUUAAUUGAUGCUACAAUAAGGACUAUACAUAAACAUCCAGACUACAGACCACCUUCACGUUACAAUGAUAUUGCGUUACUGGAAUUGACACAAGAUAUGAAUAUCACUGAUGAUGUACGUCCAGCUUGUCUAUGGACGAAAUAUGAUUUCGAGAAUUACACUACAGUUACUGCGACUGGAUGGGGCGUCACUGAAAACACAACAAUACCGACCAACGUACUUCAAAUGGUGAGUUUAAAUUUGUACAGCAAUGAAGUCUGCGAUCCUGUAAUGCCGAGAGAUCGAAAUUGGAACGGCUUUGCUCCGACACAAAUGUGCGCGGGGGUAUUUACUGGAGGAAAAGAUACGUGUCAGGGUGACUCCGGCGCGCCUCUUCAAAUAACGCCAAAGCCGCGAGAGAAGAUCCAUUAUAUUGUGGGAGUGACGUCAUUUGGUGGUCGUUGUGCCCAAAAAGGACACCCAGCUAUAUACACUAGGGUAUCUAGCUAUCUAGAUUGGAUAGAGAGUAUCGUUUGGCCUAAUGAAUAAACUAUUAUUUAAAAAAAACAUAACUCUAUGUUAAAAACCAUAGUGUGUCUAAGAUAGAUAAGUUUGACAACUGACGCCUUUAAAGUAUCGAAUUCAUUUUGUAUUGGGUGCACUUAACGGAUGGUUGUCAUAGUGUCGGAUCGACGCACAUCGAAUAACAUUGAACUAUCGAGAAUCUUGUAAUAAAAUUAAUCAAACAAUUGACUACUGUAAUUUAUUUAUUAAACUUUUUGAAGUCAUUACAAUUUUGCGAUGUAACACACAAGUGCCUAUCACCACCUCAAAGGCCGGCAACGCAUCUGCGGUUCCUCUGGUAUUGCAGAUGUCCAUGGGCGUCGUUGAACACC